AUGGCCCCAACUGCUGAUAUUGGAAUAGUGGAAAGUGGUGGAAAGUUGCAAAAGAAGCCAGUUAGUUUCGUUAAUCUUGCAGUUGGUGCCGGAUUAAACAUGUUCGAAGUUUCAACGCUUGGUCAACCAUUCGAAGUGAUCAAAACUCAUUUAGCAGCAAAUCGAAAUGAUAACAUUUUUACCGCUUUAAAGAAGACUUAUAAACGUGGUGGACUUUUAGGUUUUUAUCAAGGGUUAAUACCAUGGGCGUGGAUUGAAGCAAGUACAAAGGGAGCAGUACUUAUAUUUACUGCAAGUGAAGUUGAAUAUCACGUAAGAGCUGCUGGUGGUUCACCAUUCUUGUCGGGUAUUAUUGGUGGUAUGGCUGGAGGUUUAUCACAAGCAUAUUCCACUAUGGGUUUUUGUACUUUUAUGAAAACUGUGGAAGUCACACGUCAUAAAGCACCAGCUGGACAAGAAAUUUCAACCCUGAAAGUUGCUGCUGACAUUUGGAAACGUGAAGGAAUUCGAGGUAUUAACAAAGGAGUUAAUGCUGUAGCAGUAAGACAAUGUACUAAUUGGGCUAGUAGAUUCGGUUUAACGAGAGCUGGUGAAACGGCGAUUAGAAGGAUUAGAGAUGGUGAAAUACCAGAUUAUAGUAAACCCUUGUCUCCAAUACAAAAAAUUUUGGCUAGUGCUAUUGGUGGUGGAUUAUCUUGUUGGAAUCAGCCUAUUGAAGUUAUUCGUGUUGAGAUGCAAUCUCAAGUAAAAACGCCAGGACGUCCGGAAAAGAUGUCAAUCAUUACCUGUGCAAAAUUUAUUUAUCAGAACAAUGGUUUCAAAGGAUUUUAUCGUGGAGUAACUCCCAGAAUUGGACUUGGAAUAUGGCAAACAGUUUGCAUGGUAUUUGGUGGUGAUGCCAUUAAGGCUAAAUUGGCUGCACGACAGAAAGCAAAGAUUUAA